CGCCCGCUGGAGCUCGGGGUUGGCCAGGCCUGAGUGGGCCCGAGGCGGACGUGAGCAGGAUCGGACCAAGAUGGCGGUUCAGGUGGUGCAGGCGGUGCAGGCGGUUCAUCUGGAGUCGGAUGCUUUCCUGGUUUGUCUCAACCACGCUCUGAGCACAGAGAAGGAGGAGGUGAUGGGGCUGUGUAUAGGGGAGUUGAAUGAUGACACAAGGAGUGACUCCAAAUUUACAUAUACGGGAACUGAAUUACGCACAGUUGCUGAAAAGGUUGACACCGUCAGAAUUGUUCACAUUCAUUCUGUCAUCAUCUUGCGGCGUUCUGAUAAGAGGAAGGAUCGAGUGGAAAUUUCUCCAGAGCAGCUGUCUGCGGCCUCAACAGAGGCGGAGAGGUUGGCUGAACUCACAGGUCGCCCCAUGAGAGUCGUGGGCUGGUAUCACUCCCAUCCUCAUAUAACUGUUUGGCCUUCACAUGUUGAUGUUCGCACACAAGCCAUGUACCAGAUGAUGGAUCAAGGCUUUGUAGGACUUAUUUUUUCCUGUUUCAUAGAAGAUAAAAACACAAAGACUGGCCGCGUACUCUACACUUGCUUUCAAUCCAUUCAGGCCCAAAAGAGCUCUGAGUACGAGAGAAUCGAAAUCCCCAUCCACAUCGUCCCUCAUGUAACCAUCGGGAAAGUGUGCCUUGAAUCAGCAGUCGAGCUUCCCAAGAUCCUGUGCCAAGAGGAGCAGGACGCAUAUCGGAGGAUCCACAGCCUUACACAUCUGGACUCAGUAACCAAGAUCCAUAAUGGCUCAGUGUUUACCAAGAAUCUGUGCAGUCAGAUGUCAGCAGUCAGCGGGCCUCUCCUACAGUGGUUGGAGGACAGACUGGAGCAAAACCAGCAGCAUUUGCAGGAGUUGCAACAAGAAAAGGAAGAGCUUAUGCAAGAACUCUCUUCUCUAGAAUAAAGUGGGAGACAAAAUGGGAUUAUUGUUUUUCAUAUUUCAAAGUGUGGUCCACAACCACCUGCACCAGAAUCACUUGGAAGUCAAAAUUCAUCUCUGGGGGUGGAACCCAGACAUUUUCAUGAACUUCCCAGCUGAUCCUAAGGCAUACUAAAGUCUGAAAACCACCACCCUAGGGCAUAUGCAGUGAAAUGCUGUAUUUUCCCUAAUUUCUCAUGGCCACAGUUCUUCUCUAUUCUUUUCUUUCCCUAUAGGAAGGAUGAAAAUACCCAGGUGCAAAAUUAAUCAAGCUAAAUCAAUUUUGAAGAAAAAGUUGGAGGACUCACAUUACCUGACUUCAAGAUUUACUGUAAAGCUAGAGUAAUCAAGACGGUGUGGUAUAUACCCAACUGAUUUUGAUGAAGGUACAGAAACAGUUCAAUGGAGGAAGGAUAGUGUUUUCAACACAUGACGCUGGACUAACUGGACACCCAUAGGCAAAAAAAAAAAUGAACAUUGAUCGAAACUGCACACCUUAUACAAAAAUGAAUAAAAAAUGUAUCAUGGACUUAGAUGUAACAUAUAAAACUAUGAAAUUUUAGAAAUAAAAUCAUGGAAAAAUCUUCAGGACCUUGGGCUAGGCAACAAGUUCUCGGCCUUCACCCCAAAAGCACAAUCCUAAAAGGGAAAAAGUUGAUAUAUUGAACUCGAUCAAAAUGAAUAACUUUUGCUCUACAAAAAAAUUAACAGGAGGAAUUUGUUGAGAGAAUUCUAUUCAAACCAUAUAUCUGAUCAAUCUAGAAUAUAUAACAGUAAAAAACAAACAAUUUAAUUAGAAAAUGAGCAAAAGACAUAUACACAUUUCACUAAAGGAUAUAUGGAUGACAAAUAAGCACAGGAAAAGAUGUUGAACUUCAGUAGUCAUCAGGGAAUGGAAAUUAAAACCACAAUGAUUUAUGUCUACUUAUCAGAGUGGCUAAAACAAAAAUAUUGAAAAUACCAGAUGCUGUUGAACAUACUGGAUCUCAUGCAUGGCUGAUAGGAAUGUAAAAUGAUACAGCCACUCAGGAAAAUAGUUCGGAAAUUUUAAUAAACAUACACAUACCAUAUGACCCAGCAGUUGAACUCCUGGACAUUUAUCACAGAGAAAUGAAAACCUAUGUGGCAUGGAAACUUACACACAGAUAUUUUUAGCAGUUUUAUUUGUAAUAGCCUCAAGCUGGAAGCACCCUGAUAUCCUGCAAUUGAGUGAGUGGCUAAACCACCCAUCCACACCAUGGAAUACUACUCUUCAAUGAAAAGGAACAGACUAUUGAUACAACUUGGAUGGACCUCAAGGGUAUUAUGAUGAAUGAAAAAAGCCAGUCUCAAAAGGUCACAUACUAUAUGAUUGAAUUUAUAUGACAUUCUUGAAAUGACAAAAUUAUAAAAAUGAAGAACAGAUUAAUGGUUGCCAGGGUUAGGGGCGGGAGGGGGAAUGGGAUAUGUGUGACUAUAAAGGGA